UGCGUAUGCGUAGAAGAAGAUCCCCCACGUUUCAGUGUUCGCCGAGGGAUGUUCAUAAACUGAAUUCCAUCGACUUAACAGGAUAGUUUACUAGCCCCCGUCAAUAAGUUACAGGUGAAAUUAAAUAAUGGCCCCUCAACCAGUCAUCCGAUCAAAACAGGCAGAAAAAACAAUAAACGGAAACCAAACUCAAGUUGUUUGCACGGAAUUCAGCAACUACAUAUUUAUCGUUCUGACACAGUAUGGUAAAAUUGGAACGCUCGUGUCUAUAACGCCUGACACGAGGUCCGGUGACAUCAGUGUACCAAUGUACACUAGCAAAGUCCUGCUGGGGAAAGAUGAGCCUCUUACACACGUCUACGCCAAGAAUGUUGCAACGUUUGUCUCACAGGAAUCAGGCAACCGACCAAUCCUGUUGGGCCUUUCACUGAAAGACAACAGUGCUGAAACUAUGAAAACUGUUAAAGAUAUGAUCAAAAGCUGCCAGGUUUGGUAAACAGAAGGUCACAUGGCGAGCACACUAUUUUUGUUUUGGAGUAUCUUUGCGAUUUAUACAUCAUAAAUCUUUACUUGUCUUCGGUGAGUUUACAGAAUGCUUGAGCAGAUGGUGAUCUUAAGUGCUCAUGCUAUACUUGAACAGUACUCAGCACUUGAUACUUAAUAUAAAAAGUGAGAGAAUUGUUCAGUUUCACUUCUAUUUUUCCAGAUAAUAAUGGAUGUCUUUAAGUUGUCACAAGAAUAAAUUUAUAUUUUCUUA